AUGAUGUCGUACCUGAAGCAGCCGCACUUCGGCGUCAGCGGGCUGGGCCUGGAGCUGCUGCCCCCCCCCGUGGGGUACCCGGGGACCCCCCGGAAGCAGCGGCGGGAGCGCACCACCUUCACGCGGGCGCAGCUGGACGUGCUGGAGGCGCUCUUCGCCAAGACGCGCUACCCGGACAUCUUCAUGCGGGAGGAGGUGGCGCUGAAAAUCAACCUGCCCGAGUCCCGCGUGCAGGUGUGGUUCAAGAACCGCCGCGCCAAGUGCCGCCAGCAGCAAGCCCAAGGCUCGGGCCCCCCAAGCCGCGACCACCCCCCAAAAAGAAGACCUCCCCACCCGCGACCCCCCCCCGGAGCCCCCCCGGGCCCCUUCACGCCCCCCCCGGCCCCGCCCGGGCCCCCCCCCGUGUCCAUCUGGAGCCCCGCCGCGCUGUCGCCGCUGCCCGACCCCGCCGGGGGCGCGGCCCCCGCCGUUCCGUGGGCGCGCUCAGCCCCCUGGGCCCCGCCCCCCGCCCCCGUGCUCGGCCUGGCCGCGUCCCCCGCGGGUUUCGGGGCGACCCCCGCGCUGGGCUACGGGCCCGGCGAGUGCCUGGAGCUCAAGGAGCCGGGCGGCGCCUGGAAGGUGAACUUCGGGCCCGGCGAGUGCCUGGAGCUCAAGGAGCAGAGCACCUGGAAGUUCCAGGUGUUGUAG